AACGUAAAGGAGAGAGGAUGGAUGGAUGUUCCACAGCUUAUUGUAUCGACUCUGCAGUUUCAGUAUGCUUUUGCGGCACAGUCGAUAGCGCGCUGGACUUCGGGCUAGAAGGUCGAGGGUACGAGACCCGCUCCCUGCCUGUUUCAUUACAAUAACUAAAUUUAACAGAUCUCGAGCAUCUCAACAUUUGUAGCCCAGUGAAGGCCACUAUAUCUGUAAUGGAAACGUAUUGCCCCAAUAAUCGUGUCAGAUGUAAAUGUAGCUGUUUGCUCCUCCUCUUGUGGUAUAUUGUAAAACCGUCUACAGUUGAGGACCAUUCAAUAUCCCAGUUUUGUUUCCACGGAUACGUGUCCAGGGGGGAAAAGGGGGGAGAGAGAAAGCACAGGGAGACGGCCGGAUUACGCUCAAACAGACACGAAGCGCGCUUUGGGUGAUUCGCGACCUUAAACCAUUUUCUGGUCAACUGUCACAUGGACUCACGCUAGCAGAAGAAAAACAGUCUCUUGGGGAAAGCAACAAUCAAUGUUUCAUGCAUCUCUGUCCACAGAAUAAGUUGAUUGACAAGCCCGCCGUCUAAUCAAAUCGAAUCGUCGACCAUGAUUGCAACAGGGGGCCUCCUGCGUAUGAACCGGGACUCCCAGCACUCUAAGAACCAAGCUGAGAACAAGAGGAAGAGGAAACAAGCCAAGAGAAAGAAGAACGAUGUAGUUGUGGUGAAGGGGAAACUCAACCUGUGUUCCCCGCCUGGGCUGGUGGCCACGGUGGGACUGGUGGUGUUGAUGGUUGGGAUAGCCAUGGCUGUACUGGGCUACUGGCCACAUGAAGGCCACAGCCAGGGGAAGGUAUCCGGGGUAUCACCAGGGGAGGAGCGGAGAGACAACGGCAGGAUGAGCUACUCCAAGAGCCCCCUGGUGUCUGUCACCUGGAGCAAUAACAAGGAUAACAACACAGCCAACCAGACUGUUGGGGAGUUGACCAACCAGACUGUUGGGGAGUUGACCAACCAGACUGUUGGGGAGUUGACCAACCAGACUGUUGGGGAGUUGACCAACCAGACUGUUGGGGAGUUGACCAACCAGACUGUUGAGGAGUUGACCAACCAGACUGUUGAGGAGUUGACCAACCAGACUGUUGGGGAGUUGACCAACCAGACUGUUGAGGAGUUGACCAACCAGACUGUUGAGGAGUUGACCAACCAGACCGUAGGGGAGUUGACCAACCUGACUGUUGAGGAGUUGACCAACCAGACUGUUGAGGAGUUGACCAACCUGACUGUUGAGGAGUUGACCAACCUGACUGUUGAGGAGUUGACCAACCUGACUGUUGAGGAGUUGACCAACCUGACUGUUGAGGAGUUGACCAACCAGACUGUUGAGGAGUUGACCAACCAGACUGUUGAGGAGUUGACCAACCAGACUGUUGAGGAGUUUACCAACCAGACUGUAGGGGAGUUGACCAACCAGACCGUUGAGGAGUUGACCAACCAGACUGUUGAGGAGUUGACCAACCAGACCGUUGAGGAGUUGACCAACCAGACGAGUGUCGAGUUGACGAGCCAGACUAGUGUUGUUGUCAAUGGAAGUUUAUCUGUACUUGUAUCUGGUAAUGGUAGUGUACUUGUAUCUGGUAAUGGUAGUGUACUUGUAUCGGUACCUACCCCUCCUCCUCCUAUACCCUCAGGUGGGUUGCUCUCUGACUUCUUGGACAACUAUCUGUCCUCAGACCACCUGAAGGUGUUCGGGCCCUUAGUCAUGGGGAUAGGCAUAUUUAUCUUCAUCUGUGCAAACGCUGUGCUUCACGAGAACAGAGACCAGAAGACCAAAGUCAUCAACCUUAGAGAUAUCUACUCCACGGUCAUCGACCUCCACAGCACACGGACCAAGGAAUACUCUCCGAGUAACGGACUGGUCAACUACGUGCAGUCCAGAGGGUCUUUCAACCCCAGAAGAACGCUAGAGCUUGGUGGCAGAUCCUGGCUUUCCAACACCGGGUCCGGCCACCAGGGGGAGUCCGUCAGCACUGAGCAGCAGUCCAGACGACCGUCGAUUGCUGGGAGGCAGCGUAGCUGGUCUAGAGACAACCAGACAUUCACAGACACUGUCUACAGUAUCUACAGUGACCAGAAGUGCAGGUGUUCGGAGCAGGUGCCCUACCCCAGUCAGUGGGACUCAGAGCAGGCCUCGCACCCCAGUCAGUGGGACUCAGAGCAGGCCUCGCACCCCAGUCAGUGGGACUCAGAGCAGGCCUCGCACCCCAGUCAGUGGGACUCAGAGCAGGCCUCGCACCCCAGGCAGUGGGACUCAGAGCAGGCCUCGUACUUUAUUGAAAAUGGGAUCGAGGAAGAGCAGGUAGCAGGCUAUAGUCUGGGCACUAAAGAGAAGGAUGCUUCAAGAAAGGGCUCGUUGAAGGAUGCCUUCAGGAGGAGCUCGACGUCAUUGACUCCCCAGGAGUUAAGAGGGUCUAGCAAUUACCCUUACUGAACACCAGGAAGGUGCUACAGGGACAGACCCUCACCCCACAGGGCUCCCAACUAUCCCCUUCCUCCCACUCAUGUCUCCAGGGUGAUGAUGGAGAUGGGGUCUUGUCUGUCACCCAACUCCCUCUUCAGUCUCCAAUGCAGCCUCACUGUAAUCGUCUGUCUUCCAAGGCAGCAGGGCCCGGCGGCUCAGCUGUCCACUUCUGGAGAGGUCGAACAGUAAGCGAUACAUCAAACUGGAAACCAUGGGCGGAGAGUCCUUCAAGGCAGUGGAUGUAGCAACUUCCUGUGUGCCCGACUCGAACCAGGAAGAGGAAAGGGAAGUAGCAGUCGUUCAGGGAGAAGAAGAAGGAAAAGGAGGGGGAGUAAGUCACCUUUAGCUCUUCUUGAUCUGAACUCUGGAUACUGUAAUCCCCAGCUCUUCAACAGAGGAACCCUAAAUAGUUCUGCCUCGGCAUGUUAUCAUUUAGAUGGAUAUGAAUAGGAAAAUACAGGGCUCAAACCCCAUCUAGAAUCAAGGUGUGGCCUAAGGGAACUCAGAGGAGAGGGUGUGAUCAGAGUGGCUCCCAGUUCUUCAACAGAUAUGACAUGUCUUGUCAUGUUAUGUUAUUCUUUCGCAUGUGUUUGGGAUUGAGGUUUUUACUGUAGCUGUACACAGUUGAUGGCAAUAGAACAUGGACACUGGUAUAUUUUUUUAUUUUACCUUUAUUUAACUAGGCAAGUCAGUUAAGAACAAAUUCUUAUUUACAAUGACGGCCUAGGAACAGUGGGUUGUUCUGCCCCUGCCUGUUCAGGGGCAGAACGACAGAUUUGUACCUUGUCAGCUCGGUGGUUUGAACUUGCAACCUUCCGGUUGCUAGUCCAACGCUCUAACCACCAGGCUACCCUGCCACCCCAAUGUAUGUAUAUAUAUAAAAUACCAUUUUAUUAGCCAUGGACACCGUUGACUUUCAGAUCACCAACAUGAGGUGAACCACACAAAUCAAUAUCCAGGUCAAAGUAUUCCAAUGUUUUUUUUCAAUGUAACAAAUGCAAUAAUUUGUCUCGAUUAAAAAAAUGUUGAUAUUAUUUGUAAAAAAUAAAAUAAAAUACCUAUAGUAUAAUUAAUUGUUCUGAAAUGUUCCUAUGUUCCUAAUGUUCCACUAGAUUUAAUGAAACUGUGACACAAAAUAAAGCUUUAGUUUAAGAAAUAGUUUCUAGGUGUUUCUAUGUGCCAGAAAUGGAAUCUCAGGUAGAAUAUCGUUCAGAUUUUGUGACGAGUUGAGGUGAAAAUUAGGUUUCGACUGUUGGAUGUAUGUUUAAUUAUGAAUAAAUAAA